AGUGUAUUAAUACACUAGACCGUAUACAGUGUAUUGUGUUGGAAAUAUAAUUUUUAUUAUUAUACUUAAUAUUAUAGUCUUUAAAAAACAAGGUCUUCCAUAGUCUUUUGUGCAAAUGUAACAAUUAGAAUCACAUGUCCUAACAUAAGAUAUUUUGUAAGUAUGGUUGAUAAAAAAUUAGAGGCUGUACCAAAUGUUGAUAUCGACAACGAAGGUGUUUUCAAAUAUAUUUUGAUAAAGGUGUACGGUAAAGAAAAAUCUGAUGGCAGUGAACCAAGUAAAUUAAUAGUUAGAGGAUAUCAAAGAUGUCAAUGGCAUUCUGACAUUUAUGAUGAAGUGAGCAAUUCCGUUCAAGGUUUGGGAUUAGAUACAGAAUGUUUAGGUGGUGGUCGUAUUGAACAUCGUCCAGAUAACAAAAAAAUAAAAGUUUAUGGUUAUUCUCAGGGCUUUGGAAAAGCUGAUCAUUCGGAAUCAAGAAACAUAUUGAAAACCAAAUAUACGGAUUAUGAAAUUGAAAUUUCUGAUGAAGGCUAUUAAUUUUUUUUUUACACAUAUUUAUCGAAAAUGAAUAUUGCCAAUAAUUUGUAAUUCAUAUAAGUGUACAUUUAUUAUGUUUUUUUUUUUUUGAUAAUUUAUUUGGAUUAUAAAGCAACUAAUAAAAAAUACAAUAUUUGACUUGUAA